AUGCCUCCAACAGAUUUAUAUUUAUCUUCUUCUCCUGGAGUUGCUUCCUUGGACCGCAGCAGCAGCCAGCUUUCCUGCUGCAGCACCUUGUCGCUGGCCAUAGCGCGCCCCGUGGCCCCGCAGCAGCAGCAGCAGCAGCAGCAGCAGCAGCGGGCCAGCGAGGCGCCCGCAAACUGCUGCUGCAGCGACUGGGAGGCCUCCGGCAACAGCCACAGACAGAGGAGGCUCUACAGCAGCAGCAACCAGCAGCAGCAGCAGCAGCAGCAGCACUUUCCGCAGUCCUCGCCCAUUGUACGGAGGGCCAGGCGCCUCUCAGAUGAUAGCUGCUACAGCAGCAGCACCAGCAGCAGCAGCAGCAGUUGCUGCUGCAGACCCCCUGGAGUACCGGGGUGCCUGCUGCUCACGACAGGAAUGCAGCAGCAGCAGCAGCAGCAGCAACACGGCAGCGUAGACAGCGCAAGCAAGCGGAGGAGACAACUGGGAAGCGGCGUGUACAGCAGCAGCAGCAGCAGCAGCAACAGCUUCUGCUGCUGCAGCAGACAGCUCAGUAGGGAGACGGUCCUCGGGGGCCCAAGAGCAGCAGCUGCAGCAGCUGCUCAGGACGGCCUCGG